AUGAUUUUCAUUAUGUGUGGUGUAGUGAUGGGACUUGCGGAGGGCAGCAAUAUGCUGAUUAUUGGGCGGGUGCUUCUCGGUGUGGGAGUAGGAAUCUGCUGCAAUUCCGUGCCACUGUACAUCAACAAUGUCGCGCCAGUGACUCUGAGGGGCUCUCUGGGGACCCUUCACCAGAUAGGAGUCGUGACAGGUAAUCCGGAGACGGAAAUAAACAAGUUAACAGCCACCGCUUCGGCUUUUGUUCUAGGGUUUUAG